CACCAUGGAUGCCUCCAUCGUCCACGUGGACUUCCCGGAGAUCACCAGCGCCCUGCUGGAGAACCUGAACCAGCAGCGCCUGGAGGGGAAGCUGUGCGACAUCUCCAUCCACGUCCAGGGUCGCGUCUUCCGGGCCCACCGCGCGGUGCUGGCCGCCUCCUCGCCCUACUUCCACGACCAGGUGCUGCUCAAGAACAUGAUGUCCGUCGUGCUGCCCAGUGUGAUGGACCCCGUGGCCUUCGAGACCGUCCUGGGCUCUGCCUACACCGGCAAGCUGAGCAUGGCCUCCGACGAGAUCGUCAACUACCUGACGGUGGGCAGCGUCCUGCAGAUGUGGCACAUCGUGGACAAGUGCACGGAGCUGCUGAAGGAGCGGCGGGGGGCCCUGCUGGGGGCCCCCUCCUCCACCUCCUCCUCGCGGGCCCACUCCAGCCGCACCAGCGACAACCAGUCGCCCAGCAGCAGCAACUACUUCAGCCCGCGGGACUCCGGCGACGGGCCCCCCGAGCACAGCAGGUACCACCCGCGGGGGGCCUCCUCCUCCUCGGCCGGGGACCGGGACGGACCAGACGACCACGAGGAGGAGGUCAUCUUCCAGGCCGAGAAAGGCCCGUCCCGCUGCCCCGACCCCUUCGCGGGGGGCAGCAAGUUCAUCUUGGAGACGGACGACGAUGUCAGCGACAGCGGGGAGGCGGGCGGCUGUGAGGGGCGCCGGCCGGCCUACGUGCGGCCCAGCAUCAUGCCCCAGAAGCAGUGGGUCUUCGUCAAGAAGGAGCGCUCGCAGGAGGACUUGGUCCUGACGUGCGAGGAGGAUGAGGACCCCGUGGAGGUGUCGGCCCCGGCCCCCGAGGCGGCCCUCAGCAUCACUGACGUGCGGACCCUGACCAGCCCCGGCGCAAAGGGGGUGGCGGCGGCAAGCUGGAGGAGCAGGUGAACUUCUGCGAGUCCUCGGAGGAGUUCCCCUCCCCCUACGAGGGCCUGGAAGACGCCUCCCCGCUGCCCGGCGGCCCCUUCCCACAGCGGCCUCAUGCCCAUGGACAUGCAGGGAAACCAGAUCCUGGUCUUCCCGCCGCAGGCGCCCGUGGAGCACGGGGCAGUGCAGCUGGCGGCCAGCUCGGGGGACGGCAACAAGAUCUUCAUGUGCCACUGCGGCAAGGCCUUCUCGCACAAGAGCAUGCGCGACCGGCACGUCAACAUGCACCUCAACCUGCGCCCCUUUGACUGCCCCGUCUGCAACAAGAAGUUCAAGAUGAAGCACCACCUCACGGAGCACAUGAAGACCCACACGGGCCUCAAGCCCUACGAGUGCGAUGUCUGCGCCAAGAAGUUCAUGUGGCGCGACAGCUUCAUGCGCCACAAGGGCCACUGCGAGCGGCGCCAUCGCCUGGGGGCGGGGGGAGGCACGGGCACGCCGGUGCCCUCGGGGGGGGCAGUCAAGAAGGAGGCGUCGCCCUCCCCCAUCAGUGGGGACGCUGAGUGGGCCCCCAGGAGGUCCCCCCGGGGCGAAGUGGGCUUCGCGGGGAGCAGCAAGAUGUAA